UUGGACCUUGAAGAAAGGUCAAAUUUCAAAAUCUAGGGCAAACUCCCUUUUUCGCCCAUUUCGAUUCCCAAUUCAGAGAGAGAGAGAUCCGUCAAAAUUUUCAAUUCGUCAAGCAAUCCGAUCGUCGUUGACCGACGUUGUCUUAUCCCUCUCCGAUUUGACCCUUUUUCCGACAGCUUCCCAUUAAAAUCAAUAUCCUGAAGAAGGUUCAUCCACGAAUCCCUGUUUGGUUUUUUUUUGUUUUCUCCACGAUUUUUGGAUGUCAUCAUCCCUCCACGGACUACUGAAUUGACUCGAGGCUCCAAUUCGGGGGUUCUUGAGGGCUAACCUGUGGUACCUAGGACGCUUCGAACAUCAUACGCACUUGGACCGCCAAAUGGGACUUUGUGCUAGUAAGUCCGAAACCAAAGACGAUGAGUCUGAGCAUCAUGUCGAGUUUGCCACCGGAAAUGUGCAGCUCAUCACAACCAAAGAAGCUUGGGAGCAAAAGAUGGAAGAAGCUAAUAAGGAUGGCAAAAUUGUGAUAGCGAACUUCAGUGCAUCGUGGUGUGGUCCGUGCAAGGUGGUUGCUCCAUUCUACAGCGAAUUGUCGGAGAAAUACCCGUCGUUGAUGUUCCUAGUAGUCGAUGUUGAUGAAUUAACUGACUUCAGCACCACUUGGGAUAUCAAAGCUACUCCAACCUUUUUCUUCCUCAAAGAAGGACAGCAAAUCGACAAGCUCGUCGGGGCGAAUAAACCCGAACUAGAGCUGAAAGUCACUGCAUUAGCGGAUUCUCUUCCUCCCAAUCAAGUAUGACUUCUGGUAAAUAUGAUUAUGAACCCUGCAAGUAUCUUCCCUGUAUUGUGGAUUUAUGGUGUUUUUUCCCUUUGUAUAAUGCUACCCCCUCUUUUAAGUGUAGACAUGUGAGGUUGGCUAUGAGUUAUAUUUAUUUUGAACUUAUUGGAACUCUUGUAAAGCUUUAGGCUUUUAAUU